AUGGCUACAGGAUUACCUAGGUCAGACACAGCCAGAAGCCUGGAAAAUUUACUAGGCAUGGAUAAGUCAGUUGUUCAUGCAACAGAAAGUCAUAAGGGAUUUCAUGGUCAAGGUCUAGAGUUCAAGAAAUUGAGCUAUAGUGUCAUUAAGAAACAAAAGAAAGAUAAUGGAUGGAUCAAGAAACAAGCCUAUCUUCUUCAUGAUAUCACUGGUCAGGCAAUGAGAGGUGAAAUCAUGGCUAUCAUGGGUCCUAGUGGCGCUGGUAAAUCCACAUUUCUUGAUGCUUUAGCUGGAAGAAUUGCUCGCGGGAGUCUCCAAGGAUCUGUUAGCGUCGAUGGUAGACCGGUGAGCACAAGCUACAUGAAGAAGGUAUCAUCCUACGUGAUGCAAGAUGAUCAGCUUUUUCCCAUGUUAACAGUCUUUGAAACCUUCAUGUUUGCUGCGGAAGUAAGGCUCUCUCCAUCAAUAUCAAAGGCUGAAAAGAAGAUCAGAGUCUACGAACUUAUAGAACAACUUGGUUUGCAGAGCACGACGCAUACAUUUAUUGGUGACGAAGGCAGGAGAGGAGUUUCAGGUGGGGAGCGAAGGAGGGUUUCUAUUGGAGUUGACAUAAUUCACAAACCCUCACUGUUGUUCCUUGAUGAACCCACAUCAGGUCUUGACUCUACCAGUGCUUACAGCGUAGUCGAAAAGGUGAAAGAUAUUGCUCGAGGUGGAAGUAUUGUGCUUAUGACCAUCCAUCAACCCUCAUUCAGAAUUCAGAUGCUUCUAGACCGGAUUACUGUUCUCGCAAGGGGUAGGCUGGUGUAUAUGGGAAGCCCAACUGCUCUCCCUGCUCACCUCUCUGGAUUUGGAAGGCCAGUUCCUGACGGUGAGAACAGCAUGGAGUAUCUCCUGGAUGUGAUUAAAGAGUACGAUGAAUCCACAAUUGGGCUAGAUCCACUCAUUUUCUACCAAAGUGAAGGAAUAAAACCUGAUCAAGUCUCAGCGACUCCAAUUCGUAGAGUCAAAACACCAUCCCAUACUCCUCACAGAAACACAAUUCCUCUCCGCAGUCAAGCAUUCUCCAGAGGAAAUCAGACACCUAGUCGGCCUUCCGUCCAGUUAGAAUACUUCGACGACGAUGAAGAAGAAGAUUUUGACAACUCUCUUGAGCGUAAGACUAAAACACCUAUGCAUGGUAAUAGUGGAGUUUAUAACCCAAGUGGAAUUUAUAAUCCAAGGCUAGCUUCUCAGUUUUAUAGAGAUUUCCCUGUCUGGGUGUAUCAUGGUGUCAAAGGUACUCCUCGACAUCUACCAUCUUGGACUCCAGCAAGAACCCCCAGUCGCACUCCUGGGAAAACUCCACUCACAAGACCAAUCUUUUCAGCUGAAAUGCCAACAUCUCAUCACGGAAUCCCGUCUCACAUCAGCACUCCUUCAGUUGUAAACCCAUCCCCAGACGCCUUCUUUGCACCUUCUUAUGAAGAGUUUCAGUUGGAUGGAUUUGAUGAGCCAGUAGUAGAUCAUGGCCCUGAAUACGACAAUCCUUGGCUCCGUGAAGUUGCAGUGCUUUCAUGGAGAACUGCACUGAACGUCAUACGUACCCCAGAACUCUUUCUUUCCCGUGAAAUCGUUUUGACAGUUAUGGCUCUUGUUCUGUCUACUCUGUUCAAGAAACUCAGUGAACCUGACUUCAAAACCAUAAACAAACUUCUUAAUUUCUAUAUCUUCAGUGUCUGCCUUGUGUUUUUCUCCUCCAACGAUGCUGUUCCUACCUUCAUCCAAGAAAGGUUUAUAUUCAUCAGAGAGACUUCUCACAACGCCUAUCGAGCAUCAUCCUAUGUUAUAUCAUCCCUCAUCGUUUACCUUCCUUUCUUCGCUGUUCAGGGAUUCACAUUUGCCAUAAUCACAAGGAAAAUUUCUUGUUUGCUGAUACUUCAUCUGAAAAGCAAUCUUUUCAACUUCGGGAUGAUCCUCUUUGCUUCCUUGAUAACCACAAAUGCCUAUGUUAUGCUCGUCAGUGCUCUAGUUCCAAAUAAUAUCACAGGUUAUGCUGUUGUGAUUGCCACCACUGCGCUGUUUUUUCUUACUUGUGGUUUUUUCUUGAAGAGAACACAAAUACCACUUGUUUGGCGUUGGCUCCAUUACAUCUCAGCAAUCAAAUACCCCUUCGAAGCAAUGUUAACUAAUGAGUUUAAAGGCACUAAAUGCUACAAUGGAAACUACGGAGAUCUUUCACCUGGACCUCUUGGAAAUGUGACAUUCAGCGAAUUGCACAAGACUGUAGAUCCAUCCGAUUCCUGCUUGCUCUUUGGAGAAGACGUUCUUUCCUCCAUGGAUAUUCAGAUGGAAUCAAUCUGGUAUGACAUUGCUAUUCUGCUUGCCUGGGGAGUCCUCUAUCGACUUCUCUUCUAUGUGGUUCUAAGAUUUUAUUCCAAGAAUGAAAGAAAAUGA